UCCAGCAUCGCCAACUUCCAAAAUCAACCUACGUUGUACACUUUUCGAGCCCUAUCCAGUUCUAUUUUCUAUACACUUCUCGAGCCCCAUCCAGUUUUGCGUUCGUGCCGCUCGAUCCAAUCCUACCUUAGCUUGCGAAGACAUGGCUUCUCGUCAGGAUCAGGCUAGCUACCACGCCGGGGAGGCCAAGGCCCGCGCCGAGGAGAAGACGGGGUACGUCGUGGGCGCGGCGCAGGACAAGGCGAGGGAGGCCAAGGACACGGCGUCCGACGCCGCGGGCCGUGCCAUGGGCAGGGGCGGCGACGCCAAGGAGGCGACCAAGGAGAAGGCGUACGAGGCCAAGGACGCGGCGUCGGACGCCACCGGCCGCGCCAUGGACAAGGGCCGCGGCGCCGCGGAGGCCACCAAGGAGAAGGGCUGCGAGGCCAAGGACAAGGCCGCCGGCACCGCGCAGCAGACCGGGAGCUACAUCGCCCAGACGGCCGAGGCCGCCAAGCAGAAGGCGGCCGGCGCCGCCCAGUACACCAUCGACACGGCCCGUGCCGGCACCGAGCAGACCGGGAGCUACAUCGAGCAGACGGCCGAGGCCGCCAAGCAGAAGGCCGGCGCGGCCGCGCAGUAUGCCAUGGACACCGCCGUCGCCGGCAAGGACAAGACCGGCAGCCUCCUCGUGCAGGCAGGGGAGACGGUGAAGGGCGCGGCGGUGGGGGCGAAGGACGCCGUGAUGAACACGAUCGGAAUGGGCGGCGGCACCAACGGCAGCACCGACGUCCCCGCCAAGGACACCAGCACGUACAAGCCCGGGACCAGGGAUUACUAAUCGUGUGCCAUUGUCAAGGCGACCCUGAUGUAUCUUUCUAAGCUGUAGUUUAAUUUCGACGUGGCCAUCUGUCGCCACUUUGGUUUCUAAAUUAGCUCACCUCGUGGAGGUUGUAACUUGUCAGGACCUAGACAAAUGCCCAAUGAAGCAUUCCUGACUCCUCCCUUCCAUGCUUGUUUCCGUGUUCACAAUUUAAUAAAGUUGGAAUCCUAGUGUCUCUUCUGUAA